CGAUGUUAAGUGUGGCGAAAGACGCGACUAUCAGACCAUUUGCGGCAAAUCGUUCAGGAUAGAUAGAUUGAUGGUGAUUUCUAACUGUUUAGAAACACCAGUCACCAAUAAUCACAGUCUUAUCUACUUAUUAUUUGUUAGCAUCUUCAUAUACACAAGAUGCAUGGCUAGGCACAACAUUAUUUUCCAGAAUCUUCAAACAAUGAAGUGGCUAUUGCGUGACGGCCUACAAGUUUGCGUGUUAUCUUAUUGUUGUAAGCUGCACCUUUAUAUACCUACCUAUCUAUUUGUGAACGUACCUAUACAAAAUUAAUUAAUUAAGGGUAAUCAUAAUCACCUUUGUCCAAUGCAGCUGAAUUCCUAUUCGGGCCCGUGGCAAUGUUAUCUGAGCCGAUAAUCACUGGGCCUGUCCGACGUUGAUACUUGAUAUAUACGAUUUAGUAGCAAAACUUUCAUUCAGUAACUAAACAUUCAUCCACAGUGAGUUGUACUGAUUACUAAUUAAAAAUGUUUGUGUUUUUCACUUUGCUGCAGCUGGCCGUUGCUGCUGUACUUGCAUAUGUAAGAUUCGAGGCUUGUGAUGCCAUGUACGAUCUGACUGCAGUUCAAAUUGACGGUUGCGAUGAAAGGAUCCCUUGUUACGUGACAAUAGGGCAAAACGUGUCGAUCACUCUGUAUUUUCAUGCCGAUUAUUUAUACCAAAACUUGGACCAAGACGCUUGGAUGGACAUAAAUGAUGUUGUUUCACCAGCAGAAGUUAGUCCUGAAAAAUGUCAGACGAACUACAAUUGUUCAGCAGUAUCCACUAUGGACACGAUAACUUCACUUACUGGUGUGGUUACUGUGCCUGAUGACAUUCCAACGAGCGUACGUGGUUUCAUGCAUUGGCUCACAGAAAGUGAAGGACAACCAUUGCUGUGUUUCUCCGUGAGAGUAGCAACUCAAAGGAUUGAACAGAAACGUUUGCGGGAUCUCUUCAAUUUAUACAAAUAUGACACGGAGGAGGUACCAUCUUCUGACAACGAAAAAUUGGUUAAUCCAUGAUUGAUAUUUACUGUAACGUGCACCAAUAUAUAUUAUGUACAAAUCCACCCAAUAUAGAUAUUAUAAUAAAGUAUUUUAUACGUAUAUCUAGUAUACAGUGCCGAAGUAAACACGUCACAACAGGUCCCUCUCAAAAAAGGACUCUAUAUUUCCAAAUUUAACUUACUCCUCUCACCUCUAUAUGAUAAAAUAAU